AUUGGGGACAGCGAUAUAAGGCCCGGGACUGGCCAGAGCCACCGAGGAGGCGCCCUUCUCCCUGCCUGCCUUCCUUGGGCCAGGACGACGAGGACGAUGCCGAGGACGACGGGGAUGCGGCUGCCGCUGCUCUUGGCUCUGCUGCUCUUUGCCCCGCCGCCGCCGUCGUUCCCGGGGCUCCUCCUCCUCGCCGCCGCCUCGGGCUCCCCUCCCACCCGCCUCGGGCCCCCGGAGCAGCCGCCCCGCCGCUCGCUUCUGGAGGAGGAGGACGCGGCGGGAGGAAGGGGGUUCCCUCCGCAGGUGGCCAAGGAGGCCGCCAAGGAUUUGGAGCGGGUGCCCGGGGAGAUGCCUUCUGCGCCGGAGGAGGUGCUUCCGAGAAGAGCCUGGGCGGGGGAGCCCCAGGCGCUGCUGCUCCUCCUGCCGCCGCCUCCUCCGCCGUUCCUCCCCCGGGAAGGGCGCUCUCCGCCUCCGGGCCCGGCGUCUCUCCUUCCUCCUCCGCGGCGCUGCGUCCGCCUCCAGGAGUCUUGCGUGGGGCAGAGGCUGCCCUGCUGCGACCCCUGCGCCGCCUGCUACUGCCGCUUCUUCAACGCCAACUGCUUCUGCAAGCGCUUCGGGGCACCGGCCUCCUCGGCCUCCGCUGCCGCCGCCUUCCCCUGCGGAAGGAACUAGGCCCGGCCAGCCUCCCCGGGCCCUGGCAGUAAAAGCCCUUUCAGCCUCUCC